AUGUCCUCCACCGACCGGCCUGUCGUGCGCCGCGAUUUCACAGGAAAAAAUCAUGCUACGAGCUAUCCCUUUAUUUCGCCACUGGCACGGGACCUAUCUGGACGGCAUGUGCUCAUCACUGGCGCCGCAUGGGAGGACGACGUGGGUUAUGCAACUGCCACUGCAUUUGCUCGCGCUGGAGUAUCCUCAAUCGCUGUCAUAGACUGA